AUGGCUGCUUUUGAAAAAGCUAUAAAAGAAGGGAAAAAAAAUGCUUCAGUUAAAAAAGAAAAAUGGGGUUCAUUGGAGAAUGCGAAGAAGGAUGCGGUGCAAUCAAAUCUUGAGAAAUAUGGAACUGAUAAAGGAUAUGAGAGUUUUAAAAUAAAUCAAAAAGUUUUAGACCAACUUGUUGUAAAUUUUGUUAUUAGUGAAACACAACCUUUAUCAAUAGUUGAUAAACCAUCGUUUGUAAAUUUGGUGAAGUUAGGCCUUCCUAAAAACCUAAAAGUUAUUUGCAGUAAAACUUUAAAAUUACGUAUUAAUAGCCUUUAUUUAUCAAUGGUUGAAAAUAUUACUUCAAUACUUGGAGAUAUUAUGUAUGUUGCAACCACAGCUGACUGUUGGAGUAAAGGUAAAAGAAGUUAUAUUGGGGUUACUUGUCAUUGGAUAGAUCAAAAGACUCUUCAGCGUCAUUCAGUAUCUUUAGCCUGUAGCCGAAUAAAAGGAAGGCAUACAUAUAUUGUUUUGGCUUCUGCUUUGUAUAAGAUUCAUACAUCCUAUAAAAUACAAAACAAGAUAGUUGCUACAACAACUGACAGUGGCUCAAAUUUUGUAAAAGCUUUUAAAGCAUAUACUGUUUCCGAAAACUCAGACUAUGACGAGGAUAGUAAUGAUGAAGAAGAUAAUGAUGAUUUAUACAGUGAAAAUAUGAGUUUAUAUGACAUUUUAGACAAAAAUAGUCAUGAACAAGAAGAGAGUGACUUACUUGUUCAGUUACCACAACAUUUUAGAUGUGCUAGUCAUACACUAGACUUGAUAGCAAAAGAUGAUGUUGAGAAAAUGGUACAGAAUUCACCUAGUAAUUUUAAGAAACUUUAUAGGAAAGCAAUGGGCAAGUGUUCAUCGUUAUGGAGUAAGCAAAAUAUGUCAAAUAGAGUUGCAGAAAAAAUUCACAAUACACUAGAUGUUUAUUUAAAAACUCCUAAUAAAACAAGAUGGAACUGUAUCUAUGACAGCUUGUUACAAAUUAAAAAUAUUUUUUCAGACUCUAAUGGACAUAACAAAAUGAGCAAUAUAAUGGAUUUCUGUGAAAUACAAAGAUUCACAAAUCAAGAAAUUCAAUUAAUUCAAGAAUACUGUGAGGUAAUGACUCCACUUGCCCAUUCUUUAGAUUUUUUACAAGGAGAAGAAUCAAUGUUUAUGGGGUAUUUAUUGCCUACGCUUUACGCUUUAGAUAAAAAGCUAACUACUUUGCAACAGAAAAAUAUGAAUUUUUGUAGUCCGCUUGUCAACGCAGUAAAAUCUUCUGUUCAAACUCGAUUUAGCGCAAUAUGGGAAAAAAAGGAGCUAAUAUUAGCAUCGUGUUUGUUACCUCGCUUUAAAUUAUUAUGGCUUGAUGGUGUCAAACGUUUCUCAGCGGAAGCUUCGUUAAAAUCUUUAUUUGAAAGUGUGGAUCAUAGGUCUAGUUCAGGCCCUUGUGAAAUGGAAUCUUCUCGUACAACUACAGGUGAAUUUAAAGAAGACUAUUUUUGUUUACCUGUUGAAAGCAACAGAGUUACAAGUUCUGGUAUUGAAGAGUUAGAAUUAUAUUUAAAAUCACAGUCAAGAGAGUUAUCUCUUUUACUAUUAUACCCAUCAGUAUUAAAAGCCUUUUUAGAACUUAACACACCUCUUCCAUCAAGUGCACCUGUUGAGCGACUAUUUUCAACAGGGUCUAAUGUAAGGAACGAGGAUCUUGAACGAGUUCACAUUAUGCCAAAUGAACGGGGAACGGAACGAGAUCCUUUUAAAAAGGAACUUUCCAAACACUGA